AUGUCUCGGCAGGCUGUGGGUUGGCUGAGUUCCAAGCUUGGUAUCAACAUUGACGGUCGCACGGAAACCGAGGAAAAGACAGAUUCUGCUCUUUUCCCCUCCCAUGGAUUUUCCAGCGCUGCCAUGAAGAUUGACAUGUGUCUGCACAAAAUCAACGACGCCGUGUUUGGCCGCGAUAGCGAUUCCGGUGCUGGAGGUGAGAUUAAUUUUAUUGGCGGUAGCAGCGGUGUCGGUGCGACCAGCGGUGGCGAAGAGGUGGAGCUGGAUGAGAAUGGCCUGCCCAUCACAAAGAAUUGGUACUACUUUGACAAGGAGCUAA